UGUAGCGCUGGGUGUGCUUUGUUGUACAUGUAUUAAUUUCGCAACUACCAAAUCGGUGCCAAUGUUGACUUACAAAUUGCCGAGAAAUUCUGGGACAAGGGACGGUCCGCUAAGAAUCGCGGAGGAAGGUAUGAAUUAACUGUAACAGUUACCAGUAGAACAACAGCUCAUAUCGAACGGCACGCUUGUCCACAUAAUAAAUACAUUAUCAGUCCGUCUGGGACUGCCGAAUAUUCGCACCGUUGGUUACUUUGGAAGCGACCCCUUACGGUUAGACGGAUAACUGCACCUUACUCCAGGUGAUCGGGUUUGACGUCGUUUGUGUAUUUAUGGAUUACGCCCUCCACAUUUCUGAGUGACAUGUAUUUUUUUAAACCCUGCUACACAGCAAGGUCGUGUUUACACGUUGUACAACAAGUUACAAACAUUGCAGACAUUUUUAUUCCUUGUGGAUGCCCAACGCGAUUUCAGUAUAAACUGGAUUUUCAAAGUCCAUUUUCUGGUAUCUAGUUGAAUCAUCCUUAUCCAAUAACAUACUGAUAUUUGUGAGGCAAAAAUGCGAUAGGCUAUAUAGGCAUGGGAACUGCAUUGUAUAGGUGUAGUUAAGAGCCACUCCUAGUCCAAAGAUGUCUGGAAUAAGACAUACGCACAAGGUGCUUUAUCUGUAGAUCAGAGGCGUGAGUCAGAAAACCUCCAAGUUCGUAAUCAAUGACCUUUAACGUAGAAUUUGAAUAAAAGCUAUGUAUAUAUACCCUAAAGUAACAACGUUUAAACAAAGGGAAGAUCUGAGUCAACCACACUGUGCACGUACGUGUUCCUUCACCGUGCUGGCUUCUGACGUACUUGGCAAUAAACCCCAAACCACAAAGAACCCAAGCUGACAAAAGCAACCUUCAAGAGGAAGUGAAACUAUGACGCGCACAUUCAAAAGGCGCAGGUUAUACGUUACGGGUAAACAGGCGGGUCUCGUUUCAAUAGUCAAAAGAAAAAUGGAGGAAGAAAAGCAGGCGCGCUUCGUUGAGUGGAGUUGUAACGUCUUUAUAGACGUUUUCUGGUACUUUGGAGUUCCCAGGCUUUGGAGUCUGUACUAUGGACGACUUUCCUGGGACAAGGCUGCGAGACGCAUAGUUACGUGUCGCGAAAAGGUGCUGGACAGUAUGUGGCACUGGAUCCAGCAGGACAGACGAGUGGACCUGAACAACAUCCACUUCCUACAGCGUCGUCCUGAUCUGCGUAAGAGGGCGCAACGUCAGCGGUAUGUGUGCCCGCGCCCCCUACCGCCCGGCAUAAUACUGCUGAAUGAGAUUUCUCACUUGGAGCCUCCAGACUACAUCAUUCUGGAGUUUUUCCGAGACUUCAACCGCCUGCUGACCGGCAGGGAUCAGUACGGGAAUCUUAAGUACAGCGCCUUCCUGACCGUCACUCUGUGCUGCGUGGAACAGAAGCUCGGAAACAAAGUCCUGAAGAAAACCUGGGGCGGCAGCGCGCCUCUCCCAAAACACUUACGCGACGUUUAUAUCAAAUGGGCGGCUCGUUGGCUUUGGCAUCCGAUAGUUUCUCUACCAGUGCUCAUAAGUCUCGAUCAAACAGAGGAAGGUAAGGCUUUGGAUAAGGUGAGAGUAAGGCCUUCAAAUCCGCCCAUUCUGUCUUGCCGAGCCUUUCAUUUCCGACCCGACGUUGAUGGCGAUCUACCGGGAGUAAGAAUGGUCCCUCCUUGUAGUCACUGCAUGGACAUGUUCCCUUCACACGACCAAACGGCAGGUGAAUCUGCAGAGGAGGAUGGCCGUGGGUAUGUGCGGUACACAUUUACUCCGCCAGAUGACGCUAGUCCCAAUUGGUGCAGAGGAAACUGUGCUGAGGUCGCUGCUUUCGGCGAAAUGUUCAAAUUACUGAAGCAAAAGUGUCGCGUGACGAACAGUCUAUGGCACUGGACUCAGCAGGACAAGAGGGUGAAAUUGGACAACCUCACUAUCUUCAAGCAGCGUCCUGAACUUCGCAGCCAGGCUAAAAAGCAGCGUUUUGUGUGCCCACAUCCCCUACCGCCUGCGACUAUACUGCUGAACGAGAUAUCUAACCUGGGACUACCAGAUUCCACUAUACUAGAGUUUUUCCGUGAUUUUAAUCGCCGACUCAUCCAGUGUAAUCACAACAGGAAGUGGCCGAAGUACAAGUACAGUGGUUUUCUGUCCGUCACGUUAUGUUGUGUUGAAGAGCGACGCGGUAACAAGGUUAUAAAGAAAACCUGGGGUGGAAGUGUGCCCCUCCCCAAACAUUUAAGGGAAAUAUAUAUCAAAUAUGCAGCUCGCUGGUUCUGGCAUCCAAUCGUGUCUCUGCCAGUGCUCCUUAGUCUUGACCAAACACAGGAAGGUAAAGAAUUAAGUGAGAUUAGAGUUGUGCCUGUGAAUCCACCGAAUCUGUCUUGUCGAGCCUUCCAGCUCCAGUUCCACCUAUUUCCCGAGUUGAAACUUCCUGUAGUGAAGCAAGUUCCCCCCUGUAGUCAAUGCAAGGACAUGUUUCCCUCACACGACAACGAUGCUGGGUACGUGCAGUACAAAGCCACUCCGCUAGAGGGCACUGGCAACAAGUGGUGUCGAGGAAACUGUGCUGAAGUCACAGCCUUCAGUGAGAUGUUCUAUCAACUGGGACAGAAGUGCCACGUGGAAAACGCCGACGGGAAAAAGAUUCUGACCAAGUACAAGAUGGAGAAAAUGCGCCGGCGAGCAAAAUUUGUUAAGUAAAUGAAUCGUGACAUUUUAUGUGAAGAAGGGAAAUCUAUUUACAUGUAUUUUUGCUUUGUCUCCAAGAUCUCCAGGACUAAUAAAGCUCUUGCUGUUUGAUUUAAAUUGAACUAGAAUAGACCCAUGCCUGAUGUAGAAUUCAACUCUAAGGUUUUUAACUUAAGCUUAUACUAGUAGAUUUAUGUACUCAAGUAAUCAAAUGUAUUAAGUGUUGGGAGAGUUUAGUUAUCCUGGUAAAUUCUAUGCAAUGAUUGAUGUAGAAUGAUCUAAUGUUUGUAGUCAUGAUAUCCACCCAAAGAUGAUUAUUAGUACACCAUGUAUGUACAAGGCAUAUACCAUAAUGAAACUUAGAGCUACUGUUUAGGACAAUCAAAUAUGUAAAAUACAUGUAUAUGACAAUGCUAAAAGUAGGAUACAUUCAAGUACUUGUUUGUAAUACAUGAACAUACACUGAUAUUAAU